AAUUAGUUUAAUUUCAACCAAUAAUCUGCUAACUUUCAAAAUUACCUCGUCAGAUAACCUUUCAUUUUCUUAAGUGCCUCAAAGAGUAAUGCAACUACUGGAACCCUUGUUACUCUUGCAAUAGCCUUUUCUAAUUUUCUAGUGUAUAUUUUUUUCAAGUCAUCUGUCCUGUCUCCUGUUUAAUCAAGUAAAAUCAUGGUAAAGCCAGUGAAUCCUCGAGAAACGGCAAAAUUCAUCGCCAAGAGAGCAAAAAAUGUUAAGGUUACUGACAAAGGUGUAAAGAAAGUAGCAGCAGAUCUUUAUUCAUCUUUAUUCAGAGGUGCAUAUACUUUGUCUUUAUGGAGAGAACAUAAUUUAAACCCAGGAAUAUCCAAUGAAUUCGCCAUAAAUUGGAUAUUUUUAGUUAACUCAAUUAACUUUUCCUACUGGCCAGAUCCGGAUCAAGAGUUUGCUGUGACAUACAAACAAGCCGAGUAUACCGGUUAUUGGGCUAUCUGUGCAAUCAUUAAUAGAGCUCUUAAUCAAGGUAUCCCAAUGGUCAGUCCAGAAUAUUAUUCUAAUUUAAGUUACGAUCAGGUUCAAAGGAUAUUUCGCGCGCAUAAAAAGGGUAAACCCAAUGAGCCAAUGGAAUUGCCUCUGUUGAAAGAAAGAGCAAACAUAAUGAAAGACAAUGGUAAAAUAUUAGUCAAGAAAUUCAGUAGCAAUUUCGUUACCGUGGUGGUAAAAGCCAAAAAGAGUGCCCGUUCUUUGCUCCAGCUGAUAUACGAAAAUUUUCCUUCGUUUAGAGACGAGUGUGUUUUCAAUAAGGAACGAGUUGGUUUUUACAGACGAGCUCAACUCUUGAUUUCUGAUAUUUAUGCUUGCCAUGAGGGUAAAAAUUUGGGCAAAUUUGAUGACAUUGAUUACCUUACCCUGCUCGUUGAUCAAAGAGCUCCUCAGUAUUUACACUUUUGCAACGUACUAAGUUACUCAUUGGAGUUACGGAAAAAAUUAAAACUGGGAGAAGUACUUAAAUAUGACGAUCCUGAUGUAAUUGAAAUGAGAGGUGUAGCUAUUCAUGCUUACGAACUAAUUAAAAGAGAAGUGAAGCGAAUGCAAGUAAGGUGUGGGGUUAAGUUGCCCCUGCCUUUAACUCCAACAAUAAUGGAGUUUUACUUUUGGGAUCUUGAAAGAAACAGAAGAGACGAAAUUGAUAGACAAUUACCAAGUCACAAAAUUCGAGCAAUCCAUUAUUAACUAUUUAUUAUCAUCUAUAAACGAUGCACUGCCGAUGCUUAGAAAUGAUCAACUGGUUCUUGGCUCACAGCUGUUGAUAACCUGUUUCCAAGCCUUUGUUAAUUUUCUUGCAAUUACUGUUAUUUUUAACCCAAAACAUAUCCUCGACUGAAUCUAGAGAAAUGAAGAGAGCUGAUCAAAAAAUCAUCUUUUUAAGGACCUUUUUCAUAUUUUUUAAUAUUUCAUAAACAAUUAAAAUUCUGUGUACAACUGAAAGGCUUUCGGUUGAUUCAAAGUUGGAAGCGGUAUUACUGAA